UCUACCAGUAGUUCCUUCUCCUCUGUACUUUCACCCUGCAGAAAAGAAAAGGGACAUUGUUAACAAAGAAAAAUGCCUCGAGAGCUUAUAAGCUCGGGAUUGCUUCAAGCUGCGGGCGCUUCCAGCUCGUACUACCAUGACAGCUUCGACAACAAUGGAGGGGGAGAAGCUGGAGGAGGCUCCUCCUCACAGCAAGCCCUCUCCGAUCUCUCCAGCUCUCAUUCUCAAGGCUCCUUCGGCUAUGACCAUGAGUACCACAAGCCUCCACUGUCGCUCGACAAAGAAGACAACUUGGAAAAGAAGAAAACAACCAACAUCGUCGUCAUGGACAAUAUUAACGACAGCAACAUCAACAACUUUCUUCAUCGUGGGAUAUUAAUCAAUCGCAGCGAUAUAGGGUUCCGAGCUGACUCUGUGAUAAAUUUCAAGAACGGCAGUAGCGGGUCCGCAAGCUUCAUGAACGGGACUGGAUCUCUCCUUAGCUUUGAACAAAGCCAUCAGAUGCGGACUAAUCAUCAGAAGGAUACUAUUAAUGACGACUCUUUUAUCUGGAAAGAUGAUCCUAACAAUAUCCCUAGCUGUUAUGGUGCUGAUUCCAAGGGUAGCCCCAGCUCUCGCCUCCUCGAUGAACUGAAUAACUGUAGUUACCACCAGCCAGGGAGCAGCUCCUAUGGUUGGUUGUACUCAGAUGCGGCAGUCAUAGCUGCAGACAGAAUUCAGGAGACCGGGACACAGGGAAGUGCACUUCUUAAGCGUCCGUACAUGGGAGAUGAGAGCGCGCCAGCAGCACAGCCAUCAAAGAAGCCAUGCACCAAUGCAGCCAAGAGCUCGUCAUCAAAACCUAAGCCUGCUUCAUCAAAGGACCCACAGAGCAUCGCAGCUAAGAAUCGGAGGGAGCGGAUCAGCGAGCGGCUUAAGAUUCUGCAAGAGCUCGUCCCAAAUGGUCCUAAAGUUGAUCUGGUAACCAUGUUAGAGAAAGCUAUAAGCUACGUCAAGUUUCUUCAGUUGCAAGUCAAGGUAUUGGCAACCGAUGAGUUUUGGCCAGCGCAAGGAGGGAAAGCUCCCGAUAUUUCACAAGUAAAGGAAGCCAUUGAUGCAAUCCUCGCAUCUCAAAGAGAGAGAACUUCAAGCUCAAAGUGAUAUAAAUUAUAUAGAUAAUGUACUUCGAGAUAAUUAAUAUUAAUAUGUACGUAGUUGCUAGAGCUCUAGCUAGCAAGCAAGGAAUAAUCAGAUAUAUUAAUUUAAUCCUAGCAGCUGGAAACAAUGGCAAAAUCCUACUUUGAUCAUAAUAGCUAGAGGAAAACAAGGAAGUUCGUUCUCUUCCGUAAGUAAGUAGGCGGUGAUGAACUUGGGAGAUCAAUAACAAAUCUCUUUUUCCUUCCUCCAUCAACUUAUCCCAGUCAUAUUUGUACGUUU